AUGCGUUUCAACAAUUUUAUCGCCCUGGCGGCUGCGACCGCUCAAAGCGUCGCUGGCCUGGGAAUCAACUGCGAGGGCGACACACUCUGCGGAAUCUCGUACAUGGCCGGCGGCCGCCUCACCCAAUUCCAGACCAUCUUCGACAACAUCUUCGAAAGAAGACUUUGGGAUAACGGCGAUACCAUCGGCUGUGUCGAGCGACUUCAUUUAAACUUCCAGGGCUCCUCCAAGGGAGUGUACUGCGCGUACAUCCAAAACCUCGACGGCAGCGUCGACGGCGCCACACUCAGGAGCCUCUACACCGAGCUGGUCGAAUACGGCUGUGGCGUCUGCGGCUCCAUCCCCAUCCACUACGCCAAGGGCGACGACGACGUCAACCACGGAGAGCUCUCUUUCAACAUGGUGGACAGCCUGCCGGAGAACUGCGAGCUCGACCAGCCCUGCAAAAUACCCAACUAA